AAUAAAUAUUUUUUUAUUUGACAAAUUGACAUUGUUCAAACUAAAAUUCAAUGUAAUACAUUGAGUGUCACGGAAAAUCAAAUUAGCAAUUUUAUAUUUUUAUUAUACGAAAGAUGAAUAUCCUCGCUCGAAUGCGGAUUAUUCCGCGGUAUGUGAUGACCGCCAAGCCCAUGGCUCGUGCGAUAUCUACGACCCCCUACUUGCGAGAAUCAGCGGCUCUUACAAAAUUGAGGAAGUUACAAGCAGACUUUCAAUGCGACGACGGCAAACCAAUCUGGCUGAAACGAGGCUUUACUGACAGACUCCUGUACACCUCUACUAUCGUUGGCUGUGGUCUGGGGAUUUUUCUGGUCAUCCUGACCUUAUAUGAUCAUGCUAAGCCUGAGAGCUGGAAAGUCAAGUGACUUUAAAGUUACAUUAAUUCAAUAAGCAGUGUUUGUUAUUCAUAGGUUGUAAUGUCUCAAUUUAGGUUUUUGUUGAUUGACAAAAUUUAUAGGAGAGUUCCCUGUCCCCCUGUAACUUAAUUUUUUGUGGAAUUUCUGUAAAAUUUUCAGUGAAACGUGCAAUUUUAAUUUACACAUGCUAGCUCAAAACUAUAUUAUUCUACCUAUU